AUAGAAGUGUGGGAAUUGCUGAUGAGAAAUUUAAUUUUUCCAUUAUAUCCCAGAUUCUUUACUAUAUAUUUAAAUGAAACAGGAUCAGCAGUAACAUGCUUUUAAUAUAUUUAAUUAUAUUUAUAUCAGCGGAACUUAAUCUGGCUCAUAGAGAUACAAUACCUGUGUUUCUGAUCGACUAUGAAAGAGUUAUGGAUCGUCUCUUUAUUGAUACCAAUCCAUUCACUAAAACAAGUACGACAUACUUUGCGGAUAUCGUCCACGACGCGAUAAAACUAAGCGAAAUUGUUAUAAUAUUCGCCGAAGAAUUGUUUUGUGCGGAAGAUGUUUCGACGAAGGACAAACUGGGCACGCCAUACCACCAUCUGGGGAAAGGGCUUCAAGAAAACAAAGUCAAGUACAUUCCAAACGUAGUGGAACCUUUCAAGUUGCUAAAUCAGAUUUUUCGCCCGCAGCACAAUAAUGUGUUCUAUUUUAGCUCCGGGACUAAACAGCAAAUGUUCGAUGGACAUUUUAAGUAUUUUUAUAUUUUUUUCCAAGAUGGCGCGAACGAAACGCGCGCGGAAACUUUGAGGCGCCAUGAUUUGAUUAUAAGGGAAGUUUACUUCGUCGUGCGCCAGUUGGCGCUAGGUCCCGUGGUCGCGUUUUAUACCGGGAAAACGAAUCCAGUGGUGGUUGAAAAAAUUGAUUACUCCCCAUUCAGGCCAUCGCCGACUCGGGCCAACCUCGGUGUUAAUAUCGAGACGGACGGUGCUUUAUUUCGAUUCAUCGAAGUCCACACUGAAACGCCGGUGCGACGCGCCACCUUCAAACAGCUACCGACGGUGACAGAGGAGACGUGGACAAGGGACAAACUGAUCACCAAUAUGGCGUACACCGAUUUCGAACUGUCUUUCAAUUUUAGCUUCAAGAAGGAUGGAUGGAUAUUAGAGAAUGUAGCGCUGCUGGAAGGGGGCGAGGAGGUGGGUCGCACGGAGAUGGCGGUGGGGGCGCCGUGGAUGUGGGCCUACUACUGUGGAGAGCCGCUGGUCCUCCUUAACACGAGGGACGGCAGCGCAGUCACCAUCGGUCAAUACAAGAUACAACCCUUCAAAUCCAACCUGUGCUACCCUGGUGAAAAUUGCUACAAACAAACACCCAGUAGAUGGAGCGCUUUGGAGAAACACUCAGAACCAAGAGCUGGCCGUAACGGCGGUAGUGACUACAACGAUUCUAUAGCGGGUGGGUCCAAUUGGGUUAGAGAUACUCGGAGAAUGAGCGCUAGAGAUGAUGGAGAUAAGAGGGAUGAUGUUGGAGGCGGAGAGGAUGGUGUUGGAGGCGAAGGAGAUGGUGUUGGGGCAGAUGAUGCGCCUCAAAAGGGCAAAUGCUUCGGCAAAACCAUCAAUUGUGGGCCAUAUUUCAAUACACAUAUUCUGUCUGGACUUUUCGUUGUCGGUAUUUGCUUAAUAAUACUCAUGUAUGGUAUAGUUGCAUUAUAUAAUUGCUCCUCCAAUGAUCGGUUUGAUGAUCCAUACGGACGUACUCUAGUGGUGACAUCUGUUGAUACACAUUGA